AUGUCAAUUUUAAAAAGUUUUAUUGAAGUUAGUGAAGAUUCACACUUUCCAAUUCAAAAUCUUCCAUAUGGUGUCUUUAAACCAACCCUAAAUGAUCAAGCUAGAAUUGGUGUUGCUAUUGGUGAUUUCGUUUGUGAUUUAUCAGUUUUAGCAGAUUUAAAACUUUUUGAUGGUAAAUUAAAAGAUACUAAAGUUUUUCAUCAAGAAAAUUUAAAUUCAUUUAUGUCAUUAGGUAAAGAAUUAUGGAGUGAAGCUAGAAAAACCAUUCAAAAUUUAUUAUCAUCAGAAACAUCAACUAUUAGAGAUAAUAAAGAGUAUAGAGAAAAGAUAUUUCAUUCAAUUUCAAGUGUAACAAUGUUAUUACCAGCAAGAAUUGGAGAUUAUACUGAUUUCUAUGCAUCAAAAGAACAUGCAACCAAUGUUGGUAUUAUGUUUAGAGGUAAAGAGAAUGCAUUGAUGCCAAAUUGGGUACAUUUACCAGUUGGUUAUCAUGGUAGAUCAUCAUCAAUAGUCGUAAGUGGUACACCAUUGAAAAGACCAUGGGGUCAAACUAAAUCGGAUGAACCAGAUUCAUUACCAACUUUUAAUCCAUGUAGAUUAUUGGAUUUUGAAUUGGAGAUGGGCGCUUUGAUUGGAGGAGAAUCAACCAAAUUGGGUGAACCAAUUUCAAUUGAGUCUGCAAAAGAUCAUAUCUUUGGUUUGGUACUUUUGAAUGAUUGGAGUGCAAGAGAUAUCCAAAAAUGGGAAUACGUUCCAUUGGGUCCAUUCUUGGCAAAGAAUUUCGGCUCAACUAUAUCACCAUGGGUUGUUACAAUGGAGGCAUUGCAACCAUUUGCUACAAAACCACCAACUCAAGAUCCACAACCAAUGAAAUAUCUUCAAGAACAAGGUAAUACUACCUUUGAUAUUGAAUUAUCAGUUAGUAUUAAAUCUCCAAAAAUGUCAAAACCUCAUAAGGUUUCAACUUCAAAUUUGAAAUACAUGUAUUGGACACUCACUCAACAAUUGGCUCAUCAUACUGUAAAUGGUUGUAAUAUGAAUGCUGGUGAUUUACUUGGUACUGGUACAAUUAGUGGUCCAACUGAAGAUAGCUAUGGUUCAAUGUUGGAACUCUCUUGGAAAGGUAGUAAAGUGGUCUCAUUAGGUACUGAAACAAAUGAAGAAAGAAAAUUCAUUCAAGAUGGUGAUUCUGUUAUCUUAUCUGGUCUUUGUAAAGGUAAUGGUUAUCAAAUUGGUUUUGGUAAUUGUGAAGGUACAAUUUUACCAGCUGAUAAACGUCAAUAA